CAAAUAACUCCUGCUUCUCGCUGUCUCGCAUCUGGCCUGCCUGGUUUCAUUGUGUUGCUCGCCACUCGGCCAGUAACGGAGAGGGAGUCCGCGGAUCACGUCCUCUACUCUGCUUCCAUCUUCCAAAACCUUAAUUCUGAUUGUCGACGCUCUGUAUCUAUCCGUUUAGUUCCUCUCCGGAGCCGGAAUCGCGAACUAUAGCCGGGAAAUAUGGAUUGUAAUUGGAUAUGAUGAAGUAACAAUAAUGAUAAAGAUUGGGCGUGAAGUGCUAGUUGCCAGCAUGGACAAUGGUGGAAAAAAUAUAUGGGCAAAGCAUGAUGAGAUUCAAACCGUGAAGAUAAAAGCAAUUGGGUCCGACAUUCAGGUGAGGGAAGAGAAUGGAGAACAUGAAGAACGGGAACAAGAAGUUGAAGCAGAUGAUUCUACAAAUGGUGCUGCUAUUGUCAGUGGGAAUGAUGAUGAUGAUGAAUGGGCUCUAACUUCAUUCGAGUAAAAGGACCAGUCAGGAUGUCCAGUUUCAAAAUCUCUUAUAGUGUUUUCAAGGUGACUAAUAUUUUGUUUAUUUCAUCUCUUUUCUUUUGUUGAGAUCUAUAUCCUAAACUUACAUGCCUAAAAUUUAGUCCUUCGUAAUAUUAUCUAUUGAUAAUUGGAUGCAAUGCUUUGUUACUAUAAAUUUGAAAAAAAUUUUGAU